AUUCUAUUUAUCAAUGUGGUGCUGCGCUGCUGUUCUUCGAGAUAUAUAUCCUUUCUUCUCUUUUUUCUUUCUUUCUUUUUCGUAGGUGAUUGUUUGGUAGACGAGAAAGUUGUUGAAGACGAGAGAAAUAUACUUGUUGCGAGUCUGGGAUCUGGGUUAACUUGAAACUUCAACUAAUUGGUUAAACCUUAGUGAAGAAAAAAUUAGGAAUCGUGAACCAGAAACUUUCUCAGAGAAGUCAGGAGAAGACGGGCUCGGCAGAGUUUCUACUAAGUCCCAAAUUUCAUCCGAUAAGAAUUGGUAGACUCAAGUGACACCUAUGAUGCAGAUGGUAAAUCAAUGCUGGCUCUUUAAGGUGUGAUGAAAGGGAUGCAGAUGUUGACUGCACUCACAUAAGUAGGAAAGAAGCUAAAAUUGUUGCUGAUACAUGCCCUGUUGAGAAAGGUAAUAACAUUAGAUUGAAUAAAGAUAAAAUAGUAAGUUUGGAUGUAAGAGAACACGGGGAUUUUGAUUCCGAAUUUGGAUAUACUGGUGGAUCACAAAGCGCAGGACAGAUAUCAGAUUGGCAAGUUAGGAAGCAAGAAGAGAUGGAUGGUUUUCUGAGAAUCCAAACAACUGAUGCAGAAGAUGUGUGGUUUUCAACUUCAAACAAUUCAGAUGAGGGCCCAUCAAACCAUCAUUUGGAUUCUUUGUAUGGGUACGUCGAAUCAUUGCAGGCUCAAAUGGACCAAGAUGGUUCUGGUAGAAUUCUCCUUGAAGAAGAUCGAGCUAGGCUUCUGAGGAAGCUAGAUGAGCUAAAGGACCAACUCAGUCGGUCUUGUGUCAUGGUUGAUAAAUCAAAAGAGAAGGUUCCAGUUGACGGGAGGGUUGCUCCUCCAGAGUCAUAUGACGGUGCUUAUUCUUGGUUUCCAAAUGGUUCUUCCGGAUCACAAAAGCCUCCGUUACCUUUCUAUGGACUUGAUAAACAUGCUGAUAGGGCAGAACCAUCUUACUUCAGUCAUUUUCCAGAACCGUUCGCUUAUCCUGUUGGAAAUGAAAUGACUCGACCGGGGUUGUAUCCUCCGACGCAUAAUCCAAAUUAUGCUCCUCCAUAUGGAAAUGCAUUUGUACCCCAAGUGUUGGGAAGAACUUCUCAUCAGUUGGCUGGGGCAUACCAGAAACAGCCACCUCACCCAUACUUUCCUAGAGGGAACAUUGACAGUAAUCGUGACCCAUUCAUGCAAUAUCUGCAAAGUUCGAUGUUGCACCAUGCUUCUUGUUCCUGUUUUCAUUGUUAUGAAAAGCAUCUGCAAGUUCCUGUUCCAUCCGGUGCAUUUGGUAAUAGAAGAUUCCCUGAUAUGCCUACUAAUCCAAUCUACCAUAUUCAAAACUCUGGGGCUUUCGGUUCUAGGACUGAUGUGCCUCCUCCAUUGGAUGUACAUGGUACACAAGCACAUGCUAGAUUGCCAAAAGAUACUCGCUCAGAAAUUGGUGGAUUUGUUCGGGGUCGUCCACAGAGGAUGGUAUUAACCAGAGGUAAACGCCGUGUUUGUCCUAUAGCUGCUGGUGCUCCUUUUAUAACGUGUUAUAAUUGCUUUGAGCUACUACAAAUCCCCAGGAAACUGCAGCUCAUAGUGAAAAAUGAAAAUAAAUUACAUUGUGGAGCCUGUUCUACUGUGAUAAAUUUUAAUAUCACCAACAGGAGUCAUGUUCUUCGUGAUCAUGCAAAAAUGAAGGGGAUUUCUAUGGAGGCUGAUGAUAUCUCUAAUGAAGUUGCGAAUGAUAGUUCCUCGCAUUUCCACAGCCAUAAGAACCAAAUUUCUGCUAACUUGUCGUUUGAUGACUAUGUUCAUUCGGGUUAUGAGUUCCAGUCAAUGGACAGAGAACUGGUUACACCGUCAACGGGUCAGGCUUUGAACUCAGGCAGACCUCAGGAAAUGCAAACCUUUCAUUCUUCAUCUCCAAUCAUCUCUGAGGUUGAAAACAGUGCAGACAUUUUACUUGCCUCAAGAGAGGAAGUUAAUUCUGCUCAGCAACCGAUCAGAUCCAUUUUGCCUCCCCCGCCUGCAGGUUCACCUCUUCAGGAGCACUUUGAUUACUCUAGUAACAAUAAUGCAGUCAACCGACUCGGGAAGGGAAACCAUAUAGUCACUCUGAUCAAGAAAAUGUCUUGUCCAACAACGCUACCACACGACAAAGUUCUUUCAAUGAAGCAUCAUUACCUACCGAGAUAGAGGUGUCAUCCAAUGAGUACUCUAAUACUGGGAUUUCUCAAGAUUCUGGGGAUACAACCAG